AUCCCCUUAAGCAAUACCCUUAUUUUUGACAGCACACAACUAAAUCCUUGGCUCUUGGGAAAGUAAGUUGUAGUCUCUCUCAUAUCAGCAAAAACAAUUUUCAUAUUUCAGAGGUUAGUGAACUUCCUUGAUCGUCCAUGGCCGAUAAAUCUAUGGACAAUAUUGAGUUGAAGGUCUUGGUGAACAACGUGAGCAACAAAGUGAUCUUCGUAGAGUCUGAUGGUGAUUUUAUUGAUGUUCUCUUCAGUUUCUUGACAAUCCCUAUGGGAACAGUUAUUAGGCUUUCCCAUCGUUCACAACCCUUGGGAAUUGGUUGCAUGGACAACAUAUAUGGAAGUGUGGAGAGUUUUGACUCACAGCUUUUCCGAACUGAAGAAUGUAGAGCCAUGCUGUUACGUCCCCGCAAUAGGACAGAAUAUCUCUUGGACAACCUCAAACUGAAAUUUGAUGAUUGCGAAGCCACGCGGUACUUUACGUGUUCUAAUCCACAUUGCAGAAUUUUUCGGAACAGUCUUGUUUUUAGUUAUUACCAAACGGUUCGUUGUCGUCGUUGUGAACGUCUAAUGGACACGGAGACCACCCUUCCAGUGUCUGGUGCUGAAGAUGGUGAGGUCUUUGUAAAAGGUCCAGCCAGAUUUAUAAUUAGUGAUGAUUUACAAGUGAUGCCCCCAUUUACUUCUACAAGCUCUUCUUUAGUUAAGAACCUAGGAUGCACGGGAUGGAAUAGUAUUGAGGAGUUGACAGUCAAUGUAGGAGUUGAUGAGGUUUUGAAGUUGCUUAUGUGCUCAUUAGUAUCAAAGAUGCCGUUGACUGAAACUCUGCUGAAGCAUGAACCCCUCCCAGAAUUGAGCAAUGAAAAUGUUGAUCAAGAAAUAUAUGUUGAAUCUCGAAUGUUAGGCGACGCCAUGAAUGAGGAAGAAGAAAAGAUUUCUAUUAAGCUCAUAGUUAGCAAAUCUAGGAAGAUGGUUUGUUAUGCAGAAGCAGGGGAGGAGUUUGUUAAUUUACUCUUCAGUUUCUUGACUCUUCCACUCGGGUUUAUUGUGAAACAGAUGCAGGAUAACUCUAUGAAAGGAUGCAUUGAUCAAUUGUACAAAAGUGUCCAGGAUCUUGAUGAGCAAUGCUUGAAGUCAAAUAACCAUAAGAAAAUGCUAGUGAGUCCCAAGCUUCUCCCUGGAUUUGGCUAUAAGAACCAUCCUUUGGGAAUAGAGGAAGCCUCGUAUCGGCUGGCUGUUGAUACCACCCUCAUCCACUCUAAUAAACAAGUGAAAUCAGUUGAAUUCAUAGACCCCAAAUCCCACCGUAACAAAGAUGAUGACGCUCUUGGAUUUUUGAAAGGACCGGCAAUGUUCAUGAUAACCGACAGUCUCAACAUAAGUCCGAUCUCUGCAAUUCUUGGCCUGUCAAUUUUAUGCGAAUUGAACGUACCUGUCACUGACAUUGAGGUACAAGUUGCUCAAGUGGGCAAGAAGGAGGCACUCCGUCUUUUGGUGGCUUCUUUUGUUUGUGACUCUGCUCUAACCAGUGUCUUCCUUAGGAAGCCAAAUCGAGGAUUUGGAUGCCUUAGUUUUCUAAUUUAAGAAGAGGAUGUAUUUUGUGUUGCAGAUGAAUUAAUUUUCUACUUUAUGUAUUGUUCUCUGCACUAUUGUAUGUUUUGUGUUAUACAACUUGAAACGCUUAUGAUUGUUGGAUUGCUGUGAGAUAUUGCUUUGUA